CUCGGGUAAUCAACAAGUGGCUAAAGUGCACAGAGAUGUUUCCAGCUCAUGUGACACAGAUCCUGUAAGAAGGUGUAAUCUGCCUCCUCCUCCUGCGGGAUUAGGAGAAUCCAGUACAGAGCAGCACAGACAACAAAGCAAGCCGAGGAAGAGGAGGAAUAAGAGAAAAGAACAGGAGGACAGGACCUGAAUCUCUAUGGGUGUGCAGAAAGUGAGGAGAGGUGGUAAACUGAUCUGAUUCCUUAGGAGAACCCAUGGCGGCGUUUACACGUUCAUGAGAGGAAGAGUUAUUCAAAGACGCUUGGAGAGUCCAGAUGGAUCCAGACAGGGAGGACACGGAGGUGUUCUCAGACCCGGAGGAUCCGUUCCCUCUAAGAGGUGAGGACGACGAAGACGAGGAGGAAGAGGAGGAGGAGGACGAGGAAGAAGAUGCUAAGAUCUUCAGCACGUGGAUGAGGCAGUUUCGAGGAGACGAGGGUCACAGGAAGAACGAGGAGGACGAGGAGGAGGAAAGGGAGUCGGAGAGAGAGGGUCCCGAGAGCAGGAGCAGCGUGGAGCCGCCGGUCCAGAUGAGGACCAACCGCCGCUCCUCACUGCCGUGUCCGGCCACGCUGUCAGCCAUGGAGCUGUCCCGCCUCCACUCGUCCACCCAGGCUCCGGUCACCGCUAGAGUGUUGCUUCGCCGCUCCUCUUCUCGUCGCCUCCUUCCCUCCCCACAAGAGGCAAACGUCCCCCCGCUGGAGCGCAGACCGUCCCUCAUUCCCACCAUUCCAGAGGCAGUGCCGAUCGAGAGGCGGGGUCAGUUCAGGAGACGAAAUGUGAUGUCGUUGAGCGACGCCUACAGUGUGUGUCUGAUCUGUCACAACGACUUGAGUCGAGGCUCAGGAGGGACCAGUGAGCUGCAGUGCACUCACACUUUUCACAAAGAGUGUAUAGAGGAGUGGCUCUGGAGGAAACCGUCCUGCCCGACGUGUCACGUUCAAGUGUCCAUGCCUCGGCCCGUUUACUGGAAAUCCACCAGAGUCAAAGUACCGUGAGGUCAAGAUGUGAAAUUAAAAAAAAAAAAACUUGUUUCAGUCCCUGUCUGUCAUACGGAGACGGUUAAAGAUUCAAGGUUUCAAAGCAAAACCCUCUUAGGAGAGUAUUUUGAGAAAUGUGCAACAAAAAGUAAAUGUGAAAGAUCAGUUGUGUAUGUCUAAAAAAAACCUCUGUUACCCGCUUUUUAAGGACUACAAAGAUCUUUUUUACACAAACCAUUCAAAUGCAUGUAAGAUUUAGAUUUUUUUUUUUGUAAUUGAUGUAACAACAAACUGUUAGACGUUUUUUGUAGAGUCUGCUUUUUUAAACAGCAUUUAAUAAAAAUCAAAUGAUAUUAAGAUAUUAUUUUCUUUUGUGUUUUUUGGUCCUCUUUUUAACUCCGGAGAACUUACCGGGUCAACAAAGAGCUAUCCGGGUCGAUUUCUUGCCAACUACAACCCAGCAACAGCAGUAGCCAUGAAUAUGAGUAGAAUUUUAUUUAUGUUUUUGCUACUAACAUGACGAAUAUAAAUUAUAAAUUCAAUUUUUUUUCAUAAAUAAAACAUAAACACAUAGAGAUUUAAAAAAAGCAUGAAAUACUUUGGGCAAAGUUUUCCAUAACUUUCUUUCAAAAUAAAAGACUUCCUGUACCAUAUUGGGUAAUCGUAAUGCAGCAAAUGUAGAAGUAAGUUGUUUAAUAUCAGCAGCAAUAACUGUUUUAUUUACUAUUUGUGAUGCAUCUCAGCCAGAAAUCCAUUAAUCUGAUUGUUUAAAAUAGAUCAGUGGAUUCUACCAUAUUUUUAAACCAUAAGACAUAUUUAAAAUCCCUGGAUUUGUCCAAAA